GCCAGAUGGUCUUGGCAUCUGAGUAGAUCUAGCAACAACAUUCUUAACAAACUAAAUAUCAUAUAUUCUGGAACUUUAAAUUCUAGAAAGGGUUCAAGGUUUCAAUGACCUCAAAAUGGAGGCAAUUUCAAGUAUCUAUUCUGUUCCUGCUGCUGAUAGUCGCACUAACUUGGGGCAAUAGUUUGGAGCAACACCAUGCUUUAUCGGUGGCUUCAAUGCCACCACUUCUUGAAUUGGAGAAGAAGCUGAUCGACAACCUUGAGGACUAUGCCAAUGUUCUGGAGCAAAAGCUGCAGGUCUUACGAAGUUACAUUCCAGUUCUCAGGGCAGAGAACGCAAAGGGACGGAAAGAUGCUAUGUUCUACCUGUUCAAUCCCCUGAAUGCUCAUUCCCUCAUCCGAAGAUUACACCAGGAUUGGCCCAAGUGGCGGACCUAUAUGAUGCAGCCAGUUGGCACUGUUCAAAUAAGAAACUUUGGUAGUUGGAAGACAGAUCUUCCCACAAACACGGACUUGUGCGAUGCCUGUGCCGGCAUUGUCCGCAUAAAAAGCAUUUAUGACCUUAAAGUUGAAGACAUUGUACAGGGAAAAAUAGACGGUUGCCAAUACAACUUUAGCAUGAGUUCUGCGGAUGUUUUUGCAGUUGGUUAUCAACUUGCUAAAGGGAAAGCUGAACUGGAAGGCGUUCAAUGGCUGCAGCAGGUUUCCAAGCGACUUCAGCAAGAUAUUUUGCUGAUACCACCACACUUGGCAAUAGCAGAAUUAGAAGUUCUAAAACUACUUGCAGAAUGCCAUUUAAAUGAAAACAAAUACUCAAAAGCACUGACUUUGGUUGAAAGGUGCCUGAAGAUUGAGCCCCAAAGAGCUUAUUUCAUACGACUACGGCUUAAAAUCAAUGAGUUGAUAGGAGACCAGAGGAAUGGCACAAUUGAAAAAGAGAAACGACCCGAAAAAGCUCUAGAGAAGGCAUUUAAAUUAAGUUGCAGGGGUUUGCUUAAAACAUCUACUAAACUCCACUGCUCCUACAACUUUAGCACCACGCCAUUUCUGCGUUUUGCACCUCUCAAAAUGGAACUAGUUGGAUUGAGUCCCUAUGUGGUGCUUUACCAUGAUGUGCUCUCUGCGCAGGAAUCCGCACAGCUAAUAGAACUAGCUACAUCUGAUUUAAAAGCUAGCGGUGUCUUCCAAGCCAAAGGAUCGGCCUUCAAGCGGCUAAGAACCGUCAAGGCUCGUUGGAUUAAGAAGGAGUUCAACGAGCUAACCAAACGCAUUACACGGCGUAUACGCGAUAUGACGGGCUUCGAUUUGACGGAAGCGGAAAAGUUUCAGAUAAUCAAUUAUGGCAUUGGUGGCCACUAUAACAUGCACAAGGACUACUUUAACUUGACAAAAAUCCCUUACAAGGAAGUCGCAUUGGCCGAACAUUUUGGAGACCGAAUUGCAACUGUUUUAUUUUAUCUGUCCGAUGUGGAACAGGGUGGAGCCACGGUGUUUCCCAAGUCGGGAUAUACCAUCUAUCCUCGGGCGGGAACAGCACUCCUCUGGUACAACCUUCAUACGGAUGGACACUGUGAUCCCUCGACUCUGCACGCUGCCUGCCCCGUGAUGGUGGGCUCUAAAUGGGUGAUGACUGAGUGGAUUCGCGAACGAGGCCAGAUGUUCAUUAGGCGCUGCUUAAAACCUUCAGCUUGAAUUAACUUGCAUUCUUCGGAAUAUGCACCCAAAAAUACAAUUUAUGCAAGAAAUAUAGUAGCAAAUGUAACAAG